GUUGUUUUAGACAUACCAUAAAAGUUUUUAUAGUUUUUUAUUAUAAAAUAGAGAGUGUCCCUAUUCAAAUGCUAAUAACCCGGUUAAUAUUCAUUUUUUAUUUUCGUCCUUUCAUUAUUGAAAAAAAUAACUUUAUUUUUUCACUUUUAGUUAUCAAAAUAGCCAAUUUAUAAAAUAGGGAUGAAAAUAAAAAUACAAAUUUUCUUUACCCCCGGACACAAAACUCAAUUGAAAAUAAUGAAUAUUGACCGAAUUAUCAGCAUUCGAAUAACAACGUAGGACAUCUCGUACAAGAUAUGACAUAAUAAUUUUAAAAUAAAUUAAAAAUAUACUGUAUUUUAAUUAACUAGUCAAUAUAGAUGUUAUCUUAUAAUCGUAACUGUGACUGUGUAGUAGUCUAUGAUACCGAUGGCCAUUAUCAGUCUAUUUGGUUAUAUCAACUCAGCUGCUUAUCGACAGUGUGACAUGCACAGCAGACAUAAUUAAACAAUCAAAAUUCGUGUGACGUUCCCCUCUAUUCCCCGCAGUCAUUUAGUGCAUUACCAGUUCCCACCAAUCGCACGACGUCGUUACUCGUUGGUGUCGUGUUGUGUAAUCCUAUGUUAUUAUUUAUUAUUAUUGUAGUUGUAUAUUAUUAUUUAUAACGACGACCGAUAGUUGUGGCGAAAUAACUUCGGUGUCCGUGGAAUUUGUCUGGUAUUUUUAUUCACCAACAUACAUCUAGUGAAACCCCCCCGCCUGCCGCCCAUAAACACACAGUUCCCCCGUUCACCGGUGACAGGACCAAACCAGCAGUCCAUUGUGUACCUCCGAGGAAUAAAUACCUACUUAAUUGAAAUUAAUUCCAAUUACGAGUGCGCGUAUCAUCAAAAUCAGGACGACGAUUACGAAUUGCGACGCCGACAGUACGAGUUGUACGACAUCGAUGCGCGCAUCAGUGUCGAGCCUUAGUCGAGGAAUAUUAUCCGUAGCGGACAGUUGGACAGGCUGCGUGCGCCGCCGUACAAAAGAUGGCUGUGCUGUAAACAAAAAAUAAAUAAAUAAAUGUCACGCCCCUUUUAGAGAAUAAUAAAAAAAGAAAAGAAAAAAAUCAAACUUUUUUCUCCUUUUUUUUUUUUUUUUGCCUUCUUUGCUAAUCGCCGCUACACAUUUACACGCUCGGGGUGUGUUUCUACCGUAUUUUUUACCGUGAUAUACCUGUUAUUGCUGUUAUUAUCGUCAUCGCCUGCACCGCCGCGCCGCCGUGGUCGUAGUCGUCGUCGUCGUUGUCACUUGUCGCAGCCACCGUCAAAUCGAGCGUCGACACCGGUUCACAAAUUACUGUACUCUACAAGACUACCACCGCUACCUACCGCGUACAGAGUGCCCUUUGUCUCUCGUCGUUGCGGUGUGCCGACCGGACGACCGACCAGACAACGUCACGGACACGACGACGCCGAUCACGAAAUUAAAUAAUAAAAAUAUAAUAUGACUGAAUACAAACUGGUCGUCGUCGGUGGUAAGUACUGCUGUACCUACUACCUGCCUAUCCGCCUAUCUGCUUACCUACGAAAAUAGCAAUGUCGAUGGUUCGUGUGUGAACACCACCAUCGAUUCCCCAGUCCAGUUACCUAUUGUUCAUGCCUCUGACUUCCAGUCCCCUUUAGCAAUUACUUGCUAUGAAUCUAUAGUAUUUGAUGUUUUUUCCAAUUUGCCUACUUGCGGUGCACAUAUUCUCUGUCGAUGACGGUUGGUGGUUGUUUAUUGUUUCAUCGGCCUUACAGAUGAUCAAUGAAAGCGUUAUUGCUGCGAGAUUGCCGUAUGUAUGUACUUGUAUAGAUUACUACUGUUGUGUUUUUGUUUGAUAUCCAAAAUGUGUCUUGUACAAGGUACACCACCUAUUGUUUCCUUAUGACACAUGUUGAAUUGCUUCAGUUCACACAAUUCUGUAUACUAGUUCAUACAUAGCUCAGUCUAUCCAUUAGAGUAUUGAUUUUAGAUUAUUUCCUAGAAACAAUGAAACUUGGAUGCAAAAUAGUUGUUUCUCCUUAUUUUGGUGUACCUAAUAAUCUUUAAGAUUGUCCAUAACAUUUUCAACUUUAAUAUACUUGAUUUUCCAUUCUAUUGUCUUAUCAAUUUCUUGAAAUACCUGGAAAUUGUAUAGAAUCAACAUACCCUUGUAGUAGUACUAGACAAAUUUUAAUAUAGGUACUUUUCAACAUUAGGAAUUUCUGUUUUGAUUUAGAUUAACAAAGUAUUAUUGUAAGUAGUUUAUUAUUAUUAUGAAGUUGUGUUAAAAUUUAAGGUUUCAUGUUUGUUCGUUCUUUAAUUGAUAUUGGUAGGUAUUUAUCAUUCAUUUUUUAGUUAUUGAUUGUAAUUCUUAUUGAUUAUCUUGGUUAAAUGAUAUAGGAAAGUUUGUUUGAGUGCAAUUACAAUAGCAUAAUAUGUAAUACAGUGUAAAUCUUUAUGAUUACCUCCUAGUAACAAACCUCUUAAUAGAUAUAAUUUUAUUUUUAUCAAUGUUAACUGUAUAAAGUUUUCACUUAACACAUUAAAAUAUUCUUGAUGCUACCGUUUCUGUAGCAUUAAUUUAUUCUUAAACAAUUUUUUCUAAUGCAUUUCAUGACAUUAUUUUUUCAGCUGGCGGUGUUGGUAAAAGUGCCUUAACAAUACAGUUAAUACAAAACCAGUAUGUUUUACUUUCAUAUUAUAGUUUGUAUAUUGUACUAUUAUUUUUUGACUAAAUGUACUAAAUAUUUUUGUUGGUCUGUUUUUUUUUUUUUUUUACAGCUUUGUGGACGAGUAUGAUCCAACAAUUGGUUAGUUUUGUUUUCAUUUUAUUGUAAUAAGUGAAUUCCUGAAUUUUUAAUUAAGUAAUGUGUUAUUUUUGAUUACUAUUGAAAUUAUAAUUUUAUAUAUUUUUUUAAAUUAAAUGACAAUUUAAUUAUUGUUUUAACCCAUAAUGCAAUUUGUAUUAUUUAUUUACAGAGGAUUCCUAUCGUAAACAAGUAGUAAUUGAUGGAGAAACGUGUUUACUUGAUAUUUUAGACACAGCUGGUCAAGAAGAGUAUAGUGCUAUGCGAGAUCAAUAUAUGAGAACCGGUGAAGGUUUUCUUCUUGUAUUUGCAAUUAAUAAUACUAAAUCAUUUGAAGAUAUCAGUAAUUACAGGGAACAGAUAAAACGAGUAAAAGAUGCUGAAGAUGUUCCAAUGGUUUGUAAGUAUUAAUUAUUUUAUUAACAUAAUGACCUUAUUGAAAUGUUUAUAAAAUGUAUAACUAUUUCAAAUAUUUUUACUGUAAAUAAAUACAGAAUAAUUAAAUACAAAAUUUUAAUUUCAUUUUUAACACUUGAAAAAUAAUUACAAAAAUGUGGUUAUUCAUAUCAUAUGAUUAAGUAGCAUCUAAAAUUUGUUUUCUCUGUUUGUCUUGUAUGCAAUAUAACAACAAAUGUGUAUUCUGCAUUUCCACAAGCAAAAUAAUUACACUUGUAAGAAAAAUCAGGAAUUUGUCAGCUCUAUGAAAUAUUAUCUGUAAUCCGUAUUAUUAUGUUGUCAUAUUCUGUGUUAGCUUUUCAUAAAUUUAUAUUUUUGUUUUUCUGAAAAUUGUAUUGUUAUCAGGUAAAAAUAAUAGACUUCGGGAAAUAUACACUGAAAUAGUCAAUAAUGAAUGCUGCUAUGGAUCAGUAUUCUGCAUAGUGCGUACCUACCAAUACUAAGCAUCAAAUCUGAAACCAGAUUUAAAUCAAUUAACCUCCAAUCCAUGUCCAGUUUGAUGAUCUACUAUCUAGUAGUUUUACUUUUUUAGUCUACCUAACCCAUUUUAAGCAAAUUAACAGAUUGGAUUCCAGAUCCAGAUUGAUAGAUUGGAUCCUUAAAAGAUAUAUCACAGCAGCAGCCACUGUAACUAACUGUCUCCCGUAAAUAAAAAAUUGUUAAAAUGUGUUCAACAUGAAAUCAUAUAUUUAGGUUUUUAUAUCCCCCUCCUUUUUCAUGAAAUAGCGUGUUUAUUUUAAUAUACUUUUAUCUAUUAUUGAUGUUUCAAAGAGCCUAUAUAUUUUACUCUUAGUUCAAAAUUAUAGAAUUUAUUUUAUUGAUAAAAUAUUUGUUUUAAAAUGUAUUUUCUGAUUUGUUCUAUUUAAUUUGCUUUUAGUGGUUGGAAAUAAAUGUGAUCUACAAAGUAGAGCAAUAGAUGUUAAAGCAGCAUCUGAUUUAGCUAAACAAUAUGGUGUACCAUUUAUUGAGACAUCUGCUAAAACGAGACAAGGUGUCGAUGAAGCGUUUUACACUUUGGUUAGAGAAAUUAGGAAAGAUGUAAGUAGAUUUUCCAUGGUAUGUGUAAUAAUGCAAACUCUAUGUAUAUUUAUUUAUUUCAUAGAAAGAACGAAGGUUGCGAGAGAAACGUAAACCAAACUCAAGAAGAAAACGCAAGCACUGUUAUCUGUUUUGAAUAUAAGUGAAACAAAUGGAGUUUUUUUUAUUUAAAUUAAAAAAAAGGACCUAACAUAUGAGUGUCCUAAUCAUAUUUUAAUUAAUGUAAGCACACUUAGGCUCAGGAAAGUGUGUUUUCAUAAUUUAUAAUAUCGUUCAGUUAAAAGCAUGUAUUGAAUAUAUUUAUUUGAAUGAUAAAAAAAAUAAUAAUAAUAACUUUUGGAAUCCUGAUCAAUAGAAAUUUAUGUUCAAAGAAAGAACAUUUAAAAAGAGGACCCCUUUAACAAGCUGACAUCUUGUUUUGAGAUCCAAUUUUAAAUUGCUAUUUUUAUCAUCUUAUUAUUAAUAAAAAUUUAAAACAAAUUUUAUUUAUAGUGUUAUUCGAUUAUCUAAAAUAUUUUUCCUGUCCCAUUUAUUUUUCUCAAAAUCGUGCUUCCAGUAUUCAUAGGAGCUAUUGAUUUGUGCAUAGGCAUUACUACAAUUUACUAUUAUUAUUAUUAUUAUUAUUAUUAUUAUUAUUUUCUUUUUCUUUUUCUUUGUUUUAAUCAAUAGGUAUUUGCAUUUGCUGUUCAACAUCAUAUAAAACAAUAUUAUUGACCAUAUCUUUUGAUCAACAAAAAUGAACUGGUUUAACUACUUUAUUUUUGUUUAUUUUUUUCUUAAAUUAUAAUAUUAAUAAUAUUCAUCGAAAAGCGAUAUUUAAAUUUUUGUCUAAUUAUUUCUAGUUAAUGUAUUUCAUUUUUGAAUUUAAAAAAAGAAUAUAUAUUUGGUCAAUAUACAACUAUGUUAUAAUUCCUGUUCAAAUAACUUUUGUUUCUAUUAUAAACAUUUUAUAUUUUAAUUUUGCCUUGUGAUCAGAAGAAAAUUUGUCUCAUCAUGUUUGUUCUUUUUAUUAGCUUGUUACAAUUUGAUUAACCUUUAGUACUUCUUUUGUUUAGUUUUUUAAAAAUAAAUAUAAUACUUUAAGUAAUUUAAAUUUGUAUAAUGACAAUAUCUACUUUUAAUUUCACAUUCUAAACAUUUUUAACAAUUAUUUUCACUUCAAAAUAUAAAAUAUUCCUAUAAAAAUCUAAAAUAUUCCAGAAAUGUAAACUUUAAAUGUUUACAAAUCUGAGGGUAUGUUGAACAAGGGUACAAAGUUUUACAGUUUUGAAAAUUGUAUCAAAUUCAUAAUCAAUAAAUAUAAUAUGGUUUAUGUAUAUCACAUGCACUUUGUUUGAUAAAUAUUAAAUUUUGUCAGCAUUUUUACUAUUUUGUGUACUUGGAACUCUAAUUCUGUAUUGCAGAUUUAUAAGCAUUUAAAGUCUAAACAGAAAAGAAGAAUCAGAAAAUCAUUUGUCUACACUUAAUUCCUAUAUUUAAACGUAACAAUAAAUCAAUUCACUGUGGUAUUAAAUACAUAAAAUCUAGUUAAUUAAUUAUGCAAUAUUUUAUACUAUAUUCAUGUACUUUAAUAUUUAAAUAUUUAUUAUUCAUAAAAUAUUUUAAAAGGGGCAAAGUUAUAAAGAAGUACAAACAUGUUGAGACAUUAUGUAUUUAUUGUUGAUAUGUUUUGUUUUAUUUUUUCUAAUUAAAAUGUAUGUUUGACCUGAUCAGAAGUUACAAAUGAUAUACAGGGGUCAUAAGUAGGACAACUGUGCCAAAACUAUACUCACUAUUCAAGUAUUUAUUUCUUAAGUCUUAUUUUUUAUACACAUUUAAUUAUUAAUUAUUCAUUAUAAUUGUAGUUGUUUCAAUAUUAUAUUAUUUAUUAUUAUUUUUUACAAUAAUAAUUUUUUAGAUACAAUUUUUUAGAUACAAUUUUUUAAUACAAGACUAAUACUCAUAGUAAACAAGACCUUUGGAGAUGAUUUUAUUGCAAAUGAACAAAAAAGAAAACAAAUAUUAUACCAUUAAGUUAACCAAUUCAAAGGUAUCAUUGGAUAUUUAUAAUACUCAUCAUUUGACCAUAUAUUAUUAAAUAUAUUGUAAUUUAACGAGCUUUUCAUGUUGAAGUUAAUAUUUGAUCAAGACGUUAAGAAAAUAAUUUUAUAUUAGUAUUUUUAUUUAAUUUUAUUUAAUUUUUUUUAAUUUGAUUUAAUUUAAAUUGUGAUCAUUAUAUAUUAGGAUACAAUCAGCAUGUUAUUACCAAAACUUAUUAUAAUAUAAUGACACCUAUCAGAUAAUAUAUAUACAAAUAAAAAAGAUGUGAAUUUGAUUCCAUAUAAUGUGUGAUUAAUGAAUUACAGCU